AACACACGCGGGACAAACUUCCACCGCUUCAACUGCAACCACCUGCCAGAGAGAGGACAUCGAUCCCACCGAAGAGACGCGAUGGAACCUAUCACCGGCUUUCAGGGGCUAAUGGCUGCGGGGGGGGCGGGGGUCCCGCCGGGGGGAGUCGCGGCCGCGACCGGAGCGCCGCACCAGAUGAUACCCACCGUAUCCGGGGACAGCGGCGAGGACUCGGUUAGCAACGACGGCAAGCGCAAGACCGAGAUGGCGAAGGAGCGCAAUCGCCUUCACGCCAGGAACACGCGCGCCCGCAAGAAGCAGUACAUGGAGGAACUCAAGGAUAAAGUGGAGAGUUUGCACACGAAACGGGCGUCUGCGGCACACAGCAAGGAGGCAACGGCCAGGAGGGAGGAAGAACAGAUAGCGCGCUGGGCCGCUACGCUUAAGAAGGUGUUGGACCUUCGCUGCCAAGGCGUCAUCGACCAGGCGGUAUGGAAUGAGGUGCUGACGGAGGACUUCGAGCUGUCUCUCCCUCUCACGCCGUACCGGAAGUUUGACCCCACGGACGUGGAGGGGGGGCGCCGCCGAGUGCUUGUAGGGGUGGAGGGCAUGAUCUCCGACACGGCCUCCUUGACGGAAAUGUGCGAAAACCUGGCGGAGCGGUGCCGCCAACGGGGAGGUCUCAGUCCACCGGCGGUGCCGGCGGCGCCGACUGGCAGCGGCGGUGACGACCAGGCCCCGCGUCCUAGGGUGCACCUCAAGUCUUGCGUGAGCAGCGGGGACCUGGUCUUCUCGUCGGACCAAGGAAUCAUGUGUGUCUUCAGCAUGACGACGGUGGACGCGUGCGAUUUCGGGUCGCCCCUAGAGGUGGAGAAGAACGGGAUGCUUCGGGCGGCCUUCGUGGAGGGGGGUAAGCUUGACGAGCUGGAAAUGAUGUUCGACGGUAUCGCCGUACACCAGCAGCUGCAGAAGGCGAUGGGGUGAAAAUCAAGCCACGCACGGCGAUGGACGAGGCCGCCGCGUCCCGCCAUCCCAUCGUCGUCCAAGGAGCGCGGAUGCGACCUGGACAACGAAGUUUAUGCCAAGAACAGCAUCAAUCAUACGGGAAAGCCGGGUGGGGAGAUACAACAGCGUCGUCGUUGUUGGAGAAGGAAGGAAGACAGGACAGUGUUGUGCCGUCGUCCACGCUGCGGUUUCGGGUGCAGCAGCAGGCGCAGCCGUAGCCCCCUCGGGGUUAGGUUCGAUGGACGAAGGCAUACAGGGUGGGGGGCGCGCGUCUGGCCCUGGGGGGGGGGAGGGUAGCGGGAGGCCUCCGUGACCCGCGGGGGGACGGGGGGCAGGCCUAUGUUUCCAUUCCGGUGGUUACAAUGUACGGCAAUAGAUAAGCCAGGGGGUGACGGCGUAUGGUAUACACGUGCGCAGGGGUCACUGAUGGUGGUGAUAUACAUGUGUCGCGAUGGUGACGUGGUCGUCGCUUUUCGGCCAAACGCCAAGGCGAGAUCGCCUCUUUUCCUAUUGUAUAAAAUGCAACGGUGCUCCACCUCGCACUAAUACUUGGGGACUGCCUGUGUUUUUUUUUUUGUGUGUGCGUGUGUGUUUAAUUUUCUCGUGUCGUGGCGGCAACUUGUUGGGUGACAACAGAGGCCUUGCGCCGGGUUAGAGAUUACGGUACGGUGUCGACUUGGUCGUGUCUUGAGUGUCUCGUGUUGCAGCUUUGGCUUUGUGCAAGUGGUGCUCCGUCCAGGCUGGGUUUAGUGAUAGCGACGAGGAAACACCCCGUACUACUACUGCUGCUGCUGCUGCUGCUGCUGUACUGCGGCACGCAGCCGAGAGGAGUAGCUGGGUUGGGUCAUUUCGUCCUCUCAGCAGCUCGUUCGUGUGCUUGCGGUGUGUAGUGCGAAUAUGUAUGCCACCGGCCAUGAUAGGCGCCCCGCGCUACAGACUCAUUCGUCGUUUUUAGUCGGGGGGGUUGGUGUGAGCGUGCAUUCAUGUGAGUGUUGCCUUUGGAUCCCUGCACCAGGACGGCAAUACCCUCUCUGUGCGAUAGGUAAUCGUUGCAAUAUUGCGGUCAAGUACAAGUUACGAUGGGUGCAAACCACCGCGGCUCUAA